GCUUUGCCUUGUUGUUAAACAGCACACAUCUAGAAGAGGCAACAGCUGUAUUUGAAGAUAUGGCUGUUCUUUUCACAUCAGAAGAGGAGACCGACGUGGUGAAUGCAGCCAAAACUGCCCUGGAUCUAAAAAUAAUGAAGAGCACAAUUAACCUUUAUGAGGCACAAACGAUACCAGAGGCAACAGAAACAGAUGAAAAUGUAACUUCAGUGUGUGGCAGAUCACCAUUUACAUCACUGUUCACUGCAGUUUUGAACAGAGCCAAGAGCCUCCACUUCAGUAGCAAGACAGGGGGAAAAAAUACCUUUUUCUGUCCAGAGCUCAUCGAGUUCCUCAUGAACAACUACAUGAGUAUCUUCCCGCUGUGGAGUGGAGUUCUUCUUGGGGAUCUUAGCCGGUUUUCUGAAAUCAGCACAGCUACAGUCAGCCAACAAUCCAAAACAAGGGAAAGUAACUGUCAUGUGGAACAGUGGUUUUGGAUUGUUAAACACAGCAUCCUUAAAAAGAAGAAGUACCUGCGUCCUGCUGACUUCAUACAGAACAUGUAUGGAUCUCUCCAAGGCAGAUACAAAGAACACAUAAUUAACAACAAUCUGUUACUGCCUUACCGUGAUCCAGAACCUAAAGAAAAGUUCUUCAGCCAGAAAGAAGAAUGGGCACAGAAAACAUCAAGAAAGGACAAGGACAGACAUAAAACAAAAUACUUUGACCCACCUGAAGUACUGCCACAGCCAUCACAAAGUCCAGAAGUUACACAGAUCAGCACCAAUACCAUCCAGAUGAUUCCAGACACAGCAAUGGACCUGUCAAAAACAAAACACAAACCCGAACCAGAGUACAAUACUGAGCCAGAUAACACAGAACAUACUGCUGAAGACACAACAGAAGAGAUUCAGUACCUUUGGAGCAAAAACGAUUGUGAAGUGGUGGUUGCUGUUGUACCAUCAGCAGCAAAAAAGGCUAGGUACACCCUCCAUCACUCAGAGUUCAAAACUCUGCAACCUCACAAGUGGCUCAUGGGAGAGGCAAGAAUAUUCAUGAGCUAUUAG